AUGCGGUGGAACACCGAGCGAGCUCCUGACCUGCAGCGACAGAUAAACGUGCACCACGACAAGGAACACCUAAACGCGUCUCCCAAUCGGAUCUGGUGGAUGCUCGCCGGCGCGUCGCCGUCCGCGCUUCCGUGGUAUCCGUCCGUGAUAUUGAAGAAUCACAAAGAAAACCCGUCCUACCACCCCUCCUAUCGCGCCGACCGAAAAGCAGAAUGGGGCGAUGUUUAUGAAGAAUUUGACAGAUACGAGGACUCCUUGCCACUCCCGAAUUCUGCUGGAAAAAACUGCGUCUACGUGGAUCUGAAUACAGGUACAUGAUCAGGAAAACAUAAUGCACUACUUCUCUCGUCUUUUUGUCCAUAGAUUCGUCAGUGUAAGUGUAUUGCUGUUGUUUAUAUACGCCUCUUGUUUCACUAUGACCUUGACCCUGAAUCCGAAGGCGUGCUGCCGUGUCGUGCGCAGCGAUUCCGAAAGUACAUAAUCGGUAUCCACGCCUUCGGUGGUUAUCAAAAUUGUGUGACGAUUCAUUUAUUUCACCGCUUUGUUCCGUCGCUGCACGGUUCCUCCUUGUGCUUCAGCGUUCAUUUUUUAAACAAAAAAAAGGUCGCAUCUACACGUCCAUCAAGCAGUGUGAGGAGGUGGUCGAGGAAGCAGACAUGUAUGGGCAUGUUCGCAAACAGUUCCCCAAGCUGUCACUCGACUGCAAGCCCUCCGCCAAAGACGAGCGGGCAAUCCACCUGCAAAAGUACGGCACCUUCGGCAGCAAAAUCCAGAAGAUUUGCUUCCUGCUCCGACAGAUCCGCACGCAGGACAGCAAUGGCAAGGUGAUCGUGUUCUGCCAGAGCGAGUCGCUGCUAGAGAUCGUGGCCAAUGCUCUUUCGAGCUUGGGUUUCGCCUUCAUACACUGCGAGGGGGGCCCGGCAGAGCAAUCCGCGGCGUUAGAAGCCUUCCAGACCGGAAACUCGGACGUGCUGGAGGUGAAUACGAGGCAGCGCACCUUUCAAUCUACCUACAUCCUGCUCCUCAGCAUGCAGAAAAUGUCGGCUGGUAUCUAUUGGUCUUGUUUUGUUUUGUUUGGCCGCGGGUUCUUGGGGUUCGUUGGUUUACUCACCUUCAAAUUCGAUUUCUGAUGCAUCUACGCAACCAAAAGAUCAAUGACCUGCCAAAAACAGAAUAAAGAUCUUGCUCGUGUAGUUCGAGAAGAUCGUGGUCAUCAUUGUGGAAAAAACGAACAACUCCAACAGGUGCAAAUUUGACUGCUGCGAACCACAUCAUUUUUGUGCAUCCGUUUUCGUGCGCAACAUACAAGCGACUGGAGAUGCAGAUGUCGCAGGCGAUCGGCAGGUGCCGACGGCUAGGGCAGGAACGCAAGGAGGUGCAUGUUUGGCGCUUUUUCACAACGGAAACGCUCGAGGAAGACAUGAUGCUCGAACAAGAGCAGGCCAGAGCGGAGUACGCCAAGCGAAAACUUCUAUUGUCAGCAAAACAAGAAGACGCUGCCAUGUUGUCUCCCCGCCGCGGUGAAGUAGAAGUCGCGCCCGGCGACUUCGCUGAGCAGGACACCGAAAAUACCGUGGCUGUCGUCGAGGUGCAGAACAAUGGUAAGCGCGACGAUGCAGUAACGCUAACGGUUCGCCGUAGUUUCUUCGACGAUCACAUCAAACCGCACUUGCGAGACGACGCGCAAUUCGACACCUUCGACGAUUUCGUCGAAGCCGCAAAAGCUCACAACUGCGAGAAGAAACAAGAGAGGAAAUACUGAUACUUACUUACUUAGUCAGUGAAUCAGCACCAGCAGAUAACGUGACACCAUCGAUCACGUAUGACAUUGAAUUCACACGAAGAUAAGUAGUGACACAGAAAUUGAAGUCGUUAGCUACACAAGAGAGACGAACGAAGUCUUUAUCUUCUAACCGGUACAAAUUUGAAUUUCACCUACUCUUACUCACCUACUUGUAUUUUGAUUUAUUCGCUGAAGUCUGAAAAAGCGCACGCGCACGCGUUGUUUUUUGUAUCAAUGUUGUCAGCUAUCUUGCACUUGCUAUCUGUCUUAUCAAAAGUCUCGACAAUCGGUGUUGCGAACGUCCUCGAUAUUCCACAAUAAGGACACAUUCCUCAACCAUUAACAUAAUUUGGUAACUAAAACAAGGAAACUUCCCAGAAAAAAGUAAGAGUAAGAGUUGCAGAAAAUCCAAAUUAGAUAUCGCGCUUCAUCUGCAUCUUCAAGGCCACGAGCGGCAGAUCGUUUGCUCUUCUGGCUAUUUCAUUUUCCGUACUCCUCCGAUUCCUUGGCCAGAAGAUGUGACGACUCUAUCCCAACGACCCGCUGGCACCGAAUGUGGUCGCACAAAUAAAUCAUUUUCCUUUGAAGCGAGAUCGAGAUGACCCGAAACUGACACGCAGGAUUAAGGACACCAAAAAGAAGACAUCGCCAAGC